GAUCGACUGAUGAUUGACUGAGGGUCGUGCACAACGGUAUGUACAUCUGCCUUGCGCACUCAUCUUGAAACACUGCGUUCCACGGAGAUCGUCGUGACAAGCAAGAGAAAGGCAGGUGUCACCGCAUCAAUCGUGCUGUUAUCGUCAUACCGUAACACAAAGCUGUCAUCGCGGCAGUGCUUCCGUGUGGCCACUCGUUCUUUCUUCCCUUUGCAGCGUCUGUCGAGUCGUGCUUCACAGCAGGUAGGGAUACCAAACCUCGUCACAUUCGCGAGUGAUAUUGCGAAUCUGGGACCUAAACGUGGAACUCGUAUCCUACCGCUCAUCCGCUGAUCACCCAUGGUUCAGCAUUCGUAUUGUGCUGAUGCUCUCUACCCCACAACGGGAGCUUCUGCACCCCAAACAUGCAAGCACCCGUUCAUCGCCACCUCACUUCGCACAACCUCACCAGCCUCCCCUUUUCCCUCUUCGCCCCCGUCCUUCAUCCACAAACAAUUCCCUCUGCGCAUACGAUCAUGCACAAAACUACUAUUGCGCAACUGAGCUACAUCCGGUAAGACGCCGCACGCCGUCGCCAAAGUGUUUACGCGUCAAUACUUCAUCACGCGGGCAAUACCGUCUUGCAGCUUCAUGCAUGGCACUAGCGCAGGACCAACCGCGAGGUUCCACUGGUUCGCGUAGAGCGAGGCUGGGUCGGGCUGGCGAGUGGCAAGCUUCGUGGCUUGCCUUGCCUCUCGCAACGAUCAAGUUGCGCCAAAACCAACGCCUUGUCAAAUCGCCAGCGUUUCGGUACGAAACAGCAUACAAAGUGAGUGUUGGUGGGCGCGCCAAGGCUAGGAAUAGUUUUGGCGAGCGCGCUAUCCGAGGUCGGCUGUGCGACUUCAGCUUCGAGACCGGUGAGCGGCGGUUGGAGCUGCAGUUGGGGAGCUGCGCCUGCGCUUUCAGCCAGGCUAAGCGUGGAGGUUCUUCUUGAUGCAUUUUGCUGGUGCGCUAUUAAUGGAGAGAGGUCGACGAAGACCAGUCAGAAUCUCGCGGCGAAGGAAUGCUGCCGUUAAUAGCGUCGACGGGCUGUCGAGCCGUUGGUGUAAGAUGCUCUUCUUUGUAGGACUGUGUUGAGGGCCGUUUCUGUUAGGAUAUAGCCACCGCUUGGGCUGAGAGU